AUGGAUGCGGACUUGUACGACGAAUUUGGGAAUUACAUAGGUCCAAAUAUUUUAUCCGAUGAAGAGGUAGAGGAGGAUGCUGAUAGCGUUGCUGAAGAAGAACCAGAGGAAAAGGAGGAUCACAGUCACGCCAUGCAACUGCUCGAGAAAACUGAUGAGGCUUUCUCAGUAUCGGUGGUUCUACAUGAUGAUAAGAAGUAUUAUCCUAGUGCACUUGAAGUCUAUGGGCCUGAUGUUGAAACCUUGGUUCAAGAGGAGGAUGCUCAACCCUUGACUCAGCCUCUGAUUGAGCCCAUCAAAAGGAAGAAUUUUGCCUACUCUGAAUAUUCCUUGCCUGAGACUACGUAUGAUCCAGAGUUCUUGGCUGACCUUAUGGAUUGUCCCGAACUCAUUCGCAGCGUUGCGUUCUGUGGGCAUCUGCAUCACGGAAAAACGUCAUUUGUCGAUUGCCUUAUAGAGCAAACGCACCCGGAUAUUAGGGCAAAGGAAGACAAGGAUUUGCGGUAUACGGACUAUCUCAAACUUGAAAUUGAGCGUGGUUUGAGUGUUAAAUCUACUCCGAUGACGUUAGUUCUGUCUGACCUAAAGAAUAAAUCAUAUCUUCUUAACAUUUUUGAUACCCCUGGUCAUGUGAAUUUCUCUGAUGAGGUGACGGCGGCCUUCCGCCUGUGUGAUGCUGUGUGCAUAUUUGUGGAUGUCAGUGAGGGUGUUUUGAUGAACACAGAACGGCUGAUUAAACAUGCACUUCAGGAACACCUCCCCAUUCUUCUUUGCCUCAACAAAAUUGACCGGCUUGUUCUCGAGCUUAAGCUACCGCCAAAUGAUGCUUACUAUAAGAUCAAGAACAUUAUCGACGAGGUCAACUCUUUAAUUUCCACUUUCUCAGAGGGAGCUGGUGUAUCUCUCGAACCGCAGCAUAUAGUUAGUCCACUUCUAGGCAACGUGUGCUUUGCAAGUUCCUACUAUCGAUUCUGCUUUACAUUGGAAUCUUUUGCUAAAAUCUACACUGACACUUUUGCUGAUUCUGUCGACUUCAGGAGCUUUGCCAAGCGACUUUGGGGCGACCAGUACUUCAGUUCAGACUCGAGAACCUUCAAAUCGAAGCCGCCAACUGCAUCCUCCGUUCGCUCCUUCGUGGAGUUCAUUCUCGAGCCAAUCUACAAAAUAUUUGCUCAGACCGCCGGAGAUGUUGACACUUGUUUGCCUAAACUUUGCAAUGAACUUGGCAUUCAUCUUUCUAAGUCGGAAUUCAGACUCAACGUCCGUCCUUUGUUGCGGAUUAUUUUUAGUCGAUUCUUUGGUGAUUUUUCUGGUUUCGUUUCAAUGUGUGUGAAACAUGUGCCCAGUCCGGUGGAAAGCGCUAGAGUGAAGAUUAGUCACACUUACUCGGGUCCUCUGGACUCCGCCAUCGCGCGAGAUAUGAUCGCAUGCCGUGCGGAGUCACCACAUCUCAUGGUGCAUACAACAAAGCUAUACCCCGAUGAGGAUGCUGUUUCUUUCCACGCAUUUGGACGCGUUCUCUCCGGCCGUUUGGAAGCUGGACAGGAUGUACGGGUGCUUGGGGAGGCGUACUCCCUUAACGAUGAAGAGGAUUCUCGUCCCGCUGUUGUUGGGCGACUCUGGAUCUUUUGCGGCCGAUAUCGUCUUGAGGUGAAUCGUGUGCCUGCAGGCAACUGGGUACUGAUAGAGGGUGUAGAUCAAGCGAUUGUCAAGACGUCAACAAUCACAUCUGCUCAUUCGGAUAAUGAAGCUUUCAUCUUUCAUCCACUUACAUUCAAUACUAUCUCAAUCGUCAAGAUCUCUGUUGAACCGGCUAAUCCCUCAGAGCUUCCAAAAAUGCUUGAUGGUCUGAGGAAGGUUAACAAAAGUUACCCCUUGCUUAUGACAAAGGUGGAGGAGUCGGGUGAACGGAUUAUUCGAGGGACGGGAGAGCUCUACCUCGACUGUGUAAUGCAUGACCUCCGCAAGCUCUAUUCUGACAUUGAGGUUAAAGUAGCCGAUCCUGUCGUAGCGUUCUGUGAAACUGUCGUUGAAACCUCGUCCCUAAAGUGCUUUUCAGAGUCACCGAAUAAGAAGAACAAGAUCACCAUGAUAGCCGAACCACUUGAUAAGGGUCUGGCGGAAGAUAUUGAAAAUAAAGUGGUUCGGAUCGACUGGCCUAAAAAGCAACUAGGAGAAUUUUUCCUCAAAAAGUAUGAGUGGGACCUUCUUGCCGCGAGAUCCAUUUGGGCCUUCGGUCCAGAUUCAACAGGCCCGAACAUUCUAGUGGACGACACUCUCCCAUCAGAAGUUGACAAGGGGCUUUUGGGCUCAGUGAGGGACUAUAUCGUACAGGGUUUCCAAUGGGGUACACGAGAGGGUCCUCUUUGCGAUGAACCGAUUCGAAAUGUGAAGUUUAAGAUCUUGGACGCUCUGAUCUCGGGCGAGGCACAUCAACGUGGCUCAGGUCAGAUAAUUCCGACGGCCCGUCGAGUCGCCUACUCUGCCUUCAUGAUGGCCACACCACGACUCAUGGAACCGUACUACUACGUCGAAGUCCAGGCCCCUGCCGACUGUGUAUCUGCUGUCUACAACGUUCUCAAUCUUCGACGAGGCCACGUUACUCACGAUGCUCCAAUCUCCGGAUCACCGCUCUACAUAAUUAAAGCCUUUCUGCCAGUGAUUGACUCUUUCGGUUUUGAGACAGAUCUACGAACACACUCGCAGGGUCAAGCCUUUUGCAUGUCCGUUUUCAACCAUUGGCAGAUGGUGCCUGGAGACCCACUAGACCGCACCAUUCAAAUACAGCCUCUGGUGGCGCAACCGGCCACUCACCUUGCUCGCGAGUUUAUGAUUAAGACAAGGCGAAGGAAGGGCCUCAAUGAAGACGUGAGCAUCAACAAGUACUUCGAUGACCCAAUGUUGCUGGAAUUCGCAAAGCAGGAUGUCAUGCUAAGUUACGCAUUGUAA